AUGGCGCCCAAGAAGGAGAACGCCAAAAAGGCUGCAGGAAACGCGAGACUAAUAUUCAACCUGUUAUUUAAGAAAGCUGAAGCCGCUGCUGCUAAACAAGCUGCAGCUGACCAGAAGAAGGCAGCUGAAGAAGACAAAGAAUGGCAAAAGGGUGCAAAGUCUAGUGCUAAGAAGGAGUCGGCCGAAGCAAAGAAGGCAGAAGCAGCUCGCAAAAAGGCUGAACGUGAAGCUUUGCUAGCAGAAGAAGAAAAAUCACUCCCCAGCAAGCCCAAAGGAAAUGCUAAAACCGCCCAGAAAAAAUCCAGAGGAACACUUGAUCUCGGACAACUAGAUGCGGACCCAACAUCCAGCAAAAAGGGCGCGACUUUGAACGCAAGUGGUAUCGAUAAUGCACUUGAUGCACUGUCUUUAGGCUCCAAGGAUGCCCUGAAGAUCGAUCGGCAUCCCGAGAGAAGAUAUAAGGCGGCUUACGCUGCAUAUGAAGAGAGGAGAUUACCUGAGAUUGAACAGGAGCAGCCUGGUCUCAGGAGACAACAAAGAAUUGCUCUGAUAAAAAAGGAGUUUGAGAAGAGCGAAGAGAACCCAUUCAACCAGGUUAAUGUUGCCUUUGAUGCAACGAAGGAGGAAGUGGCUGCGGCCAGAGAGGCAGAGAAGGCAAAGAUCGAGAGCCGGUUGACGGGUAGAUAA